GAUCAAACUCUGUCACCGGCUGCUCUGGUCCGCGUUCGCUGGCCUCCGAUGACCGCGGUCAGUUGAACGACUUCGUCGCUGGAUACCGGUCAGCAGCAGCGGCAACAGUGGCGACGCAUGGCGGCAGUAUUACGGGAUAGAACGCGAGUGCUGCUCGUUGUCCUGUGGGUAGCCCUGGCAGUGGUUCCAGCGCACCAGUCCUUCGGCGGGGCAGUAGACCACAGUCGACAUGCACAUCAUCAAAACGCGAGGGGAGGCACGAGGAAGCAGUCCGGAUCUGGCAAGGAGUUUCUCGGAGAAGGCGACCAGAGGCCCGGCGUACCCUCUAACCCAUUCUCAGCGCCAAUGCUGAACUCAAACUCGCCUCUAUUGGCCACAACCUACUACUACAACCCGCACCGGCAAGGGUCGGGUUCCUCUUCCUCUUCAUCCGGGCACCACCGCCACCACGACCUGCUGCUCAAGGAAGGUGUGGACCAGGAGACCUGCCGGGCAGCCGAUGGCCGUGAUGGAACUUGCUACGAUGCCGUACAAUGCCUGAACCGCGGCGGAACGCCCAUGGGCCGUUGCGAGGACAGAGUCUGCUGUGUCUUCGAGGUGUCGUGCGGCGAGGCGAGCUCGGAGCGCACGGCAUACGUUCGCAACCCGGGCUACCCUGGUACGCACAACCGCGAGGCCAUGUGCAAGGUUCGAGUCUCGAAGCGGGACGCCGACGUGUGCCAGUUCCGGCUGGACUUCCUCACGCUGGACCUGGCGAGGCCCGUGGACGGAAACUGCUCGCAGGACAUGCUCGUCGUCUCAGGGCAGAACGAGAACAACCAGGUGCCGCGCAUAUGCGGCCUCAACACCGGGCAACACUCCUACGUCGACGUUGAAGAGUCUGGAGGUAUCAGCUUGAACCUCAUGAUGGUCGGAAGCUACUCGAGAAAAUUCGACAUCAAGGUCACCCAACUGGAAUGCGAAGGCCCACAGUCAGCGCCCUCUCACUGCCUACAGUACUUCUGGGGCACCCACGGCACGGUGAAGAGCUUCAACUACGACGAGGCCGGUGGUAGCCUCCACCACCAGGGCUACCCCAACGACUUGGACUACGUUGUGUGCCUGCGCAAGGAGCCCGGAUUCUGCUCCGUCACCUACGAGGUAGCCCCAGACGAAGAGCUCGGCGCUUCACCGUUCGGAGUGGGCGCCAUUCCGUCGCAAAGAGAAAGCGUGCAGUUGACUUCCUCACCCAUCAUGGCGGAGUGCCCGGAUGACUACAUCAUCAUCGGAGGCGUGCGCAUGUGCUCCACGGGCCACGAGACCGAGGUCGAACAGCGUCAUACGCGGGACCUAAACGCGACGGGCCUCACACUUAUUACAGAUGGCACACCCGGUCCAUUCCUGAUGCGCUUCGUCUCUAACCACGUGAACAAUGCUCGAGGAUUCAAGCUGCACUACCGCCAGAACCCGUGCAAGUGAAACCAGCUUUGCGGCUCUUGAGCGGUCUCCUGUAUCUUCGGCCAUCUCGUAGCGUCUGAUACUCCUAUACCGCAGUUCUUGUUGUGUCGCCAGUGUUCGUUCAUUUGUGCCCCAUUUUGUAACUUGUAUCUAUUAUAUGUGAAUGUGUUAUUAAUCCAAUAAAACAUCAGG